AACUGUUCUUCCUUUACGUAAUUGCACUAUUAAAAAUUUUGUACUGCACCGCCGUUAGCUGUACACCUGUUGUUUACCUUGAUAAUAUUCACAAUAAAUUCGAUCCACAUUUAAUAUGGAAACGCUAUGCAGAACUUGUACGGUGAAUAUAGACACUCAAAAUUCAUCGAUGUCUGUGUUCAGUGAUACACAAACAGGAGAUACGAUUGCUUCAUUGCUUUUGAAAUAUUGUUGCUUGGAGAUUACAGAAAAUGAUUCAUUGCCAAAAAAUAUAUGUGCAGCGUGCGUGGAAGAAUUACUUGCUUUUACGAAUUUCCAUCGCAAGUGCGAAUAUUCGGAACAAACAUUUUGCCAGAUGCUAAAAGAAACAAAAUUCGACGUCCUAAUAGAAAACAACGACAUUGUUGAACAAAAAUCAACUGUCGAAACAUUAAAGACUGAACUACUUUUAGUCAAUGAAACCGACAGCAAUCAACUAUUUCCAGUGGACCAGCAAGCCGAUGGUGAUGUUGACAAACUACAAUGGUGCUACAAUGUAAUCGAAAUGAUGAGUUUUCGAUGUUGCUUAUGCUCGGGUAUUUUCUAUAGUCAAGAAGAUCAUCAAGAACAUAUUGAGUUGGCGCAUGGAAUUGUGUUUCCAGAGGUUUCAAAUGUUCAAAAUCAGCCAGUAUGCUUCAUAUGCCUUCAAGCAUAUGCUAGUUCGGAGGAUUUGGAGGUACACCAAGGAAAGAGCUUGAUUGAGCUAUUCCAGUGCAAUAAUUGCGACGACAUCUAUGACACCGUUGACAACGUUGCACAGCAUUAUGAACAAACACAUCUGGCUUCGAACGAUAAUGAAAAUUCUUUUGGUUCAUUGGAGAAAUUGACCGAAAAACCUCCUUUAAGAAAAAACAUUUCAAAGAUGAAAGCAUCAGAACGUUACUGUUGUGUUACACAUUGCCACGAAUGUUUUCCAGAUGAACAACACUUGAUUUCUCACGCACAGAAGAAACAUGAACUUAAAUUGAAGUAUAAUCAAGAGAAGAACUCAUCAGGUAAACCAUACGUCUGUCUUGUUUGCUUCCGUUCUUUUGGGACCAUGAAAAAUCUCAAAGUGCACCAGUUCGUGCGUGCUAACAAUACCCAGGGCAAACACUUUUCCUGUGUACAUUGUUCAUUCCGUACGGUUAGUCGUAGUUUGUUGACAGUUCAUGAAAGAUCCAAGCAUAGUGGAGAACGGCCAUUCAAAUGCUGCUACUGUGAUAAGCGGUUUUUCAGUGACCUCCAUCUCAAGAAUCACAUGAUAUGCCACUCAUCGGAGCGUCCUUUUUCAUGCUCGUUUUGCCAGAAAAGUUUCAGCAGGAAGCGCAAUAUGGAAGAACACAUCCGUUCGUGCCACUCCGAAGACAAACCAUACGCAUGUGACUCCUGUCCAGCCCGAUUCAAGGUGCCUCAACAUCUUCGUAUUCACGCCAGAAUCCACUCGGGAGAAAAGCCGUACAAGUGCUCGUACUGCGAUAAUAGCUAUUCCCACAUAUCGGAUCGCAAACGUCAUGAGAUGGUUCACACCGGUGAAAAACCGUACAAAUGCAGCAGCUGCGAAGCGGCAUUUACCAGGAAGCGCACAUUGAAGAUCCACGAACGAACUCAUUCGGGUGAACGACCUUUCUGCUGUGAGAUUUGCGGAAAAGGAUUCUGCCAGAACGCUACGCUCAAGAAACAUAUGGAACGUCAUGUGCGCAUUGAUGAGGAUGUUUCCGUGUCGGUGGAAAUGCUUGCAGAUUAUGAUUGUUCUUAGCAGCGUAAUUGUUUGCAAAUGUACCCAAUUUGAGGUAAUAAAGACUUGUUUGCUAGCUACCAGUGGUGGAAAUACUUAUUGCUGGGGCUGACUAGGACAGAAAGGAGAAAAUGCGAUCAAACUAAAUUU